UAAAAAUCAGACUGAUUGUUCAUCUCGUAUUUGCAGUAUGCGAUCAGGAGUAGACAGGAUGAAAUCAGUAAACAGUAUUGUUUGAUUUAAUGCCGUUGUAAACAAUUCGAAGCUCUUAAACGUGUCUGAUUCUAAAUCGUAUUACUAUGAUUUUGUUGUUGCGUCAUUAUUUUCGUCCUCUUAAAAGUUCUUACCAAAGAUGUUUAGUUCAUUACAUUCAAGGACAAUCGCCAGAAUCUAAUGUGAGAGAAUAUUUUUAUUACAUUGAUCAUCAAGGAAUGCUAUUUCUAGAUGAUGCUCGCAUGAAAAAUUUCACGUCAUGUUUUAAAGAAAAAAAAUUUUUAACAUUUUUUUUCAAACGAAUGAAAAAGAAUGACACCGGCCGAUACAUGGAUGAUUUUCCAUAUCUGUCAUUAUGUGGAAAAGAACGUAAUUAUAUACGUUGUGAUGAUUUGCCUAUUGUGUUUACACAUGUGAUAGAUAAUAAAGAUAAUCAACAAGAAUUAUUAAGUUAUGGUUAUGCAGGAGAAUCUCUCGUAGUACCAUUUGAGCCUGAUAAAAUUUGUAUGAAUAUUCAAACAGGCAGAAUUUAUCAUCCAGCUCCAAUCAAAAUUGGAGGUGUUGGUUUGAUAAGAUCAAAACUUGCAAUAGAAUUUAGUUCUGCAUUUGAAUUCAAAAACGGAGAAGAUUCUGAUCCCACACAUUUUACUUGGAAAGGUACUCGUUACAAUCUUGAUACUCAAUGGUAUCGUGAAAAAAUAUCAUAAGAAAUAUUAUUUUCUUAAAUAAAAAAAAAACAAAUAAAAUUAAUGUGUAUAUAGACCAUUUUUGCUACAAUAAAGAUAUCUUUUUUCUUCAAGA